GCACAAGAGAAAAAUCAGACGCUAUUCCGACAUACACAAGGCCGGCAAAUUCACGAAAAACGCCUCACUUACGUCAUAUGGAUUUGGACUUUCAGGCCCACCGUCGGGAAAACAAAACAGUUAGUUUUCUAGCAAUAAUAUAUCUUCCUUUUUAGUCCUAAAUGCCCAAACAAACUCAACUCACGUAUGCACAAUGCAACAGAGAUUUUUUUCCAAUUUUUCAAUAUCUUAUAUUCUUUUAUUUUUUAAACUUUAUUUAAAAAUGAUAUUUAUUUAUUAAUCACAUGUUUCAUUAUUAUUUUUUAUUUUUUCCUCAAUACUUGAGAUUAAGGAUAAAUAUCAUCUAAAAAAUUAAAAUACAUGUUAGUUUUAUUUGGCUAAAUAAAAAUUUAUAUUAACAUACUUUUGUUGGUACAAAGUGUAUGAAUUACAUAUGACAUGACUUGAUAUGGUUUUUGAUUAAGUAUCUUGAGAUGCUACUGAGCUGUAUCCGCUGUGUCUGGUAUGAAGUGCCCGUCUUAAAGCUAUAUGGUUUACGUUCUUGAUUUUUCCAACAAAACAAAAAACCACCUAUAUAUCGAAACAUGAACAUUAUUCAAAACAACACUUAAACAACAAACAAAUGAACCAACGUGCAAGCGUGUAAGUAAAUCAGUGACCACAGCAAAACGCAACUUAACAUGAUAUCUCACUUGCAUACAUGAGAUAGAGCACAACUCCGUCAAUGACCCCGCGCUUGCGCGGAGGCUCCGCCACUAGUUAUCCUAAAAGAAAGAUGUCUUGAAUAAAAAGCUAAUAUUCGUAAUUCAUAGCUAUCAAGGUCUAGAUUGUUAUUUUUAAGUUUUAAUCUAUGAAAAAAUCACCUUUUCUGGCACUAUAUUAGUACUCCCUUGUCUUGAGGUAAGCUCAAAUGAAUCUACAGCGAAAUGAGUUACUAGAUCGGUUACCAUACUGCAGGAGGUGGUUAUGAAUAAAGAUUGUGAUCGAUAGCUUGAAUUGUGGUCUCUUUUUGAAAAUGUAUAUUUUUUUGACAUUUAUAUUAAACUGAAAAAAGAUUCAGUCUACAAUCUAUAAUCUUGUCAAACGCACAUAUCUGCAGCAAAAGCAGCUCUACAAGUGGCGUCAUUCCAUCUUUUGCAAGCAUGACUCGUCAAUCAAGGUGAAUCGCUAACCCAAAUUAUACAUUUAAGGGAUGACUGAUCGUGAUUUUGGUUACUAUACAACUCUUUACUCGAAACUUUGAGAUUUGCCUGGUUGUAACAUGUCAAAGCUAGAGAAUUUUAUUUGUCUGAUGAAUUAUUCCAAUCUGAUAGAGGAAACAAGAAACUAGUAGUAGCUAAUUGGGUUGUGGGGCUACUUGGUUCUGUUGAGGGACAAAUAGGUCGUGAAGAAUCCCAUUUUUUAUUGAUUUCAGAGUCUGUGUUGCUUCGUUAUAUUCUAUAUCAAAGAGAGACUUCCGCAAACCAAAAAUGUUACACUCUAUCGCUUCCCUCCUGAUCUCAUUAGCCUCGGAAACAGCCUUCCCACACCUCAACUUCUCCUUUGAUUGCUUCAGCUGUUCUUCAAUACUAGACAUAAAAUCCCAGUCACAUGUAAAUAUUGCUUCUCUCUGAGAAUCCAAACAAGGAUAUUUUGAGAUACAAUUACAUAAUUAUAAUUCCACAAAGUUAAUAUGUCCAGUCUCAGGACUGACAUGCCAUUAAUAUGAUAUACUCCAUUCUUGGGUUCAAUAAAUUUGAAGUAGACAUAAUGAAUGACGUUAAUCAUCCUUUCCAGCAUGGGACUAUCAUGACAAAAGACACUUCUUGCUUCUCUUCAUAACUUAUACCAGAACCACAAAUAAUGUGAAUGUCAUCACACGUCAAGAACAUGGAUUGAGCCACAAAUAUCGAAAGCUCAACUCCUAAUCUCAUAACCUCCUUGUCAGCUCCUUCUUAAUUCCUCCCUGAAAUUUAAGGAGAAUGUAGGGACAGUGGCAUUAUCUCCAUAUCCAAAGUAUCACCAGAAAUAGGCCCAAACUAUUCGCUAAGAAUCUUAUUUUGUAUCACUCUUGGUGUUUCUUAUCCAGCUUCUUCAUCAAAGUGAUACUUCCAAAAGUGAAAAUGCUAGACUAUAUCGUCUCACUCGCAAACCCAUUGGCAACUGAAACAUCCUUAGCGGACCUCAGCCCAUCCUCUAGAUUCUUCAGCCCUUACUUGUAUUUCUUCAAAAUUCUAAGAUAAUAGUUGAUCAUCAAAAGAUCAAUCUUUUGUUUUGAGAACCAGAAAAGGCGAUGCAAAGUUAUGAUUCAGCAGACGCACUCAGUCCAUGUUGUCCUGAUAAGCUUCCACUUGGCCAACUUUCCGUCAGCAUUCUGAUAUACUCCAUUCUUCGUUUUGAUAUCUCUUGAGUAUACAUAAUGAAUCACAAGAAGAAACCUUUCUAUCACAUGCUUCCACUCCGGCAGUACAUAUCUCCACAACCUCAAGCAGAACAACAACAUAGUACAUAUAUUGAAUACACCUUUGGGUCAGAAUAGAUGGCUUUGAUGAUGGAUCAUAUCGUCUAUUGCGAUUAGGCCUUUACUGAUCAGAUUUAUGUGAUAAACCUCUGACAAAAAAUGAUAAUAAAAGUUCAUAACACUACAAAAAAAGUCUACAUUGAUAGCACAUUAUUAUAGCACGUUUUACUGAACUGCUAUCGUAGAUGAUUUAGAAAUUUCCGUAUUAUAUAAUAGCAUUAGAUAAACGCUAUGAUAGAGAAAAACCUAAAAUAGCACUUAAUUAAUGCUAUUUUAAGAAUUACGUGAGCGGAAAAAAUAAAAUCAUCAUUUCACCAAUACUUAGUGGAAAUUUAGAUUUAAGCGCCAAAAAUAUUAUUUAAGUGGCUUAAUAAAACUACGAAAGACUUAUAAUAGCAUUUUUAUAAUGCUAAGAAAAGCUAUUUGAACCCCUAAACCUUAAACAUGGUUUUAAACCCUAAACACAACCCUUAAAACUAUAAUCUUUUUAUAUUAUAACUUCAAAUCUUAAAAUUAAACUUAAAAUUUAAUCUUCUUGAUCUAACUAUAAUUUCCUAACCACAUAUCCUUAAUCUUUAAUCAAUCUCUAUAUCCUAAAUCAUAACUUCAAACAUAAAUUAUACAUUCUGUGUAAACAUACAACUUUUUAAAUGAUGACCAAAUGAUAAUCUUGAUAUUAAUCUAAUAUUUCAAAACUUAAAUAUUAAUCCUUAAAAUAAAUAUCAAUUUAUUAUGUUAAAAAAUAACUUUAAACUUAAAUUCCAAAGUACAAAAUAUACAUUUUGAAAUAAGAUAUAAGUAAGAAAAAUUAUUUACAAAACAAAUCAUCAAAGAUUGAAGGAAAAAAAGACAAUUUAUAAAGAGUAUUUUCUUGCUACGAUUUAGCUACGAAAUGUUUUGUAGGUCUUUAUAAAAUAGCCACGAAAUGCCACGAUUUUUUUUGUACAUGCUUAAAACCCUAAACCCUAAAAUUCUUUUAAACCCUAAAUAUAAACCUUAAAACUCUAUUAUUUUUCAUAAUUUAACUUAAAUCUUAAAAUUAAAUUCAUAAUUUAAUUUCAAAUCAUAAUUUAAACCCCAAAUACUAUAUUCCAACCCCUAAACUAUAAACAUAAACACUAUACCCCAAAUCAUAAAUCUAAACAUAAAAUCUUAUAUUUUAAAAUUUAAAAUAUUAAACUUUACUUUUAGAUCUUAUCUUCAACCCAAAUCCCCUUACUCAAAACUUUAUAUUCCAUUUACACUAAACUUUACUAUACAUACAAUACUCUAAAUAUAAACUUCAAAACUAAAAUUUGAAAAAUUUAACUACAAAUCUUAGAUCUAAUAUUCAAAUCUAAUAUUUUCAUACUCUGAUCCAAAAUCUUAAAUCAUAGUCUUGAUAUUAAUCAAAUAUUUUCAAACUUAAACAUCAAUUCUUAAAAUAAAUAUAAACUUAUUAUGUUCAAAAAAGAAAACUCUAAACUUAAAUUAUAAACUCGAAAAUACAAAAUUUUAUAUAAGAUAUAACUAAGAAAAUUUACUUAGAAAACAAAUUAUCAAAUAUUUAAGAACAAAACAAAAAUAAAAAUAGAAAAAGAAAGACAAAAUUUCUGGCCAAUCAGAUUCAAAUACAUAGAUCACACUCUUAACCAUUGGAUUAACUUAGAUCUAAAGGUAGAGAUUUAUUCAAUUUUAUUUUUAUUUUUUUCUUCUCUCUCUCUCCCUCCCUCCCUCCCUCUCUCACAACAGAUCUCAUAUCAUCUCCUUCUCUGCUUUUUUUUUUUUUCCCGAUUCUCUCUUCUCCACUCUAACCUCUCAUUCUCAUAUCUCAUAUAUCUCUUCUCUCUCAUCUCUCUCAACGCCUCUCUCCCAUCUCUCUCAACGCCUCUCUCAUCUAACCACCACCGCGUCUCCUCCUCGUCUCACCACCACCGCGUCUCCUUCUCGUCUCACCACCACCGCGUCUCGUGGCGGCUGGAGGAAUCAAAGUUCAGGGCUGAGAUUGUGGUUUCGGCCUAUAUAGUUUGUGGUUUCCUCAAGUCUCUAGUUCUUAUGGUUUCAGCUCGUGCUUAUUCAGGUUCUAUGGAAACUCUCGUUUGAUUGUCGGCUGCGUGGAGUUAGAUAUGUUCUUGUUUUUGUUGUUUUGGUUCUACUAGUUGUGUGAUUUAUCAUUAAUUUUAUAAAAUAUCACAAGAGUUAAAAAAAAAAAAUUAUAAAUAAACCCUAUGAACAGAGACGUCUCAUAAACCCUACAUAGUAGAGAGAAAAAAAGAGCUAUCAUAAGUAAAGUCUUGGAAAGAUUCCAAGAAGAUGGAGGACUCAUUUUUAUUCAUCACUGUAGAAGCGGAAAUGAAUCCAGAAUCACUCCGAAAAUGGCUGUCCAUUGCAAAAGAAGGAAAGACGACGACGAAAGGAGCUCACCAAUUCUCGACGAAGGCGAAGAAGCAUCUCUCUGCUCUCGGUUGGCGUUUCGCUUACGUUCGCAAAGGGGCGUCACGAGAGCUGCGCUACAAAUCUCCCGAGGGUAAGUGGUAUAACUCUUUAGUUACAGCUUGUGGUGCUUGUCUCGAAGAUGAAGACGACGACGACUCGAGUACUCAAGAACAAGAUGAUAACCAAGAAGCGCCUGCUUCCGGUGGUGUACCGAAGAAGAAGAGAACGAAGGUUUGUGAUACGGCACGGGACAAGAACCGCUCUUCUCACUUGGCCAAGAAGAUUCUCAACGAACAGGAGAAGACGUCUGAUGAGGCUGAGCUAACGCCAACGCCAAGGUUUGGGAAAUCGAAGAGGACGAACUGUGAUGUGUGUUGUGUUUGUCAUCUUGGUGGAGAUGAUUUGCUUCUAUGCAAUGGUUGUCCUUCGUCAUUUCACCCUGCUUGCUCCGGUUUGCCGUCGAUUGCUCCCGAUGAACAGGAUUGGUUCUUCUGUACUUGUUGCUGCUGCGAUAUCUGUAAUCAAAGGAGAACACCAGGAAUCAUCAGCAUGUUAUUGACUUGUGAGCAAUGCCAUAGAAGAUGCCAUCGAAGUUGUCUUGAACCACCUGAGUCUUUAAUUGAUUUGCCAUGGUUCUGUAGUUCACAAUGCAGCAGUGUCUUUUCCGCGCUUCAGAAACUCCAAGGAACUAAGAUUGCAUUAGUAGGCGACGAGGGUUUGGUCUGGAGUUUGAUCAGAGUUCCUAAUGACGGUGAACAACAACAGCUGGAUUCUGCUGUUAAGAUGCUUCAACGGUCGUUUAAGCCUACACCUGACCGUUUCUCUGGGAGAGAUCUUGUUGAGGAAUUGAUAUUCAGCAAAGACUCAGAUGGCGUGGGACGCAAGUUUUACACGUUUUCAGUUGAGAGGAAUAAUAACCCUAUCAUUGUGGUGGCAAUGAGAGUUGGCAAAGAUGUAGCUGAGAUCCCUUUGUUGGCGACACAGACUAGAGAUUCUUAUGACAGGAUAAGUAGCAUAUGUAGAGCACUUAUGGAUGAGUUGGAGAAGCAAAUGUCUGAAAUUGGAGUUCGUAGAUUGGUCUUACCGGCUUUGGCAGAUGAUGUGCACACUUGGACUCAGCAGUUUGGGUUCUCACAUAUGGAAAGUUCUGAGAGGUUGGAGCUUCUGAAACAUGGAUUGUUUGAUUUUGUUGGUACUGUAAUGUGCCAUAAGUUUCUCAAGGAAAGAGAAGAGCAAGAAGAGUCAAGCCCAACCGGUGGAAACCAAUCCUGAUACCUUUCUGUGAUGUAUAUUGAUUGAUUCUAUGUGAUGUAUAGUGUGGAAUUCUGUUUUCACAACUCUUAUAAACUUCAUGAUAAUGGUCUCAAUCAAUAACUGAAAACAAACAACGCAUAGUUUACACUUUUUACAGCUUUUUGGUUCUUUCUUUAUAUACACAUCAAAGCAUAUUAUUCUUCAAAGACCACAGUCAAAAACCUUGUUCAUGCGGAGAUAAUAAGUUUGU